AUGACUUCGGAAACCCCAAAGCUAAGUGAGGAAAUCAAGGCCGACGUGGCCAAGCAACAUAACCUUCGGCCAGUCCAGACUGUCGAGAAAGGUGUUCUUCCUACUAAAGAAGGUAUGUUACAUUGAUGUAAAAUAUAGCAAACAAAUUAAAAAAGAAGGUUCGUAAAAGUAAAUUUGCAUUUUAAUAGCAUAAAAAAUGUUUUUUAGAAAUUCAACAAGAAAGACAACACGACGACUUGAAGAAGGACAUCGAAGGCUUUGAUGAAUCCAAGUUGAACAAGGUCGAGACUCAAGAGAAAGUGGCAUUGCCUUCUGAAGAAGACAUUCUGAAAGAAAAAACUCCUCAAUUGGCCGCUGAUUUCGACCACAACAAGUUGAAACAUGUCGAGCCGGUUGUCAAGGAGCAUAUUCCUGAUGCUGAUGGUAGGUAACUUUUAUUAAGUUUUUAAAAUUGCUCUCACUUUACUUAAAUAUAGAUCAUAUCAAAUUAUAACAUAUUGCAUUUUCAGAAUACGUUCGUGAAAAGGUCAAGAGCGAGGCCUCGACCUUUGACCACAACAAGUUGAACCACGUCGAACCUGAAGUCAAGAACGAAGUUGUAGUCACCAAGAACUAA